CGGUGGUCGGUGGGAGGACGGUGCGGUGGCGUUGGGUGCCAUGACUUUGACAUGCUGCAAGAGGGUUCUUGAAUGUUUUCAACUUCUAAGUUUUCCGUUUCACGUACUCGACGACUUGAUGAAUUGAGAGUGGAGAGGACGCUGAGAGUUGGAUUGGCCCGAAUGGACGAUACAUUGUCGCCUUGAAGAUGCACGUGGAUAAGGCCGUCAGGAUGAAGGAGAUUGCAAGACCUGCGCAAAUGAACGAGGAAGAGCAGGUCGGGCUGUUAAGAGAAGACUAUGAAGACCUGGGGUCAAGCAGAGCAUCGACGGACGAGGAGGAUACCUUCACAGAGAAGCCAGUAAAGCCUCAAUCAUCACGUCGACGAUGGAUCAAGAGCUGUGUUGUUGUUCUACUAGCAGUAUGCGCUGUCAUGCUCGUCGCACACUGGUAUCGAACAUCACAGACACAAACCACAGCGCCCUCCUCGACGCAGCCCAGAUUGCGCCCGGAAGACGACUACAUACUGGACCCGACUUGGGAUUUCAACGCGUCGCCUACCACCAGAGAGUACAGUUGGAUCAUCGAAGACCACGAACUGAACCCAGACGGCGUACACAGGCCCAUGAUGCUCAUCAACUCCACCUUCCCCGGCCCGUUGAUCCAAGUCAACGAGCACGACGAAAUCGUCGUACACGUGCACAACCGAGCCGCCAACGCGACAUCCAUACACUGGCACGGUCUCUACCAGAACAGCACAAAUCACAUGGACGGCACGGUGGGCGUGACCAACUGCCCCGUCGCGCCGGGCCACUCGUUCACAUACCGCUUCAACGUCACCGGCCAAAGCGGCACGUACUGGUACCACAGCCACGUCUCGAUGCAGGCAUCAGACGGCCUCGUAGGCCCGCUCGUAAUACACAGCCGCAACGAGAAAGACCUGCAAAAAGUGCCGUAUGAGCAGGAUCGAGUCGUCUUGCUUGCAGAUCACUACUACGAUGCCUCGCCGGAACUGCUGAUGCAGUACCUCGCCCCCGGCUCCGAUAACGACGAGCCCGUCCCCCCGUCUGCGCUCAUCAACGGCCGCAACGUGCGCAACUGCACAAUGCUUCCUGGUCGCAAGUGCGCGACACAGGGAUUGCGCAGUGCGCUCUUCGACUUGAGCCCGAAAGAGACUACGCGCUUGCGCUUCGUUAAUGUCGGCGCGUUCGCCGAGUUCUCGCUGCAGAUUGAUGAGCAUGAGUUCAGUGUUACUGAGGUCGAUGGCACGGAUGUGCUUCCUCAGAGUAUUCAUAGACUCAAUAUUAGUCCUGCGCAGCGGUACAGUGUCGUUCUUUCGCCGCCGGUGGAGCCGAGGAAAAAGGGGUAUUGGAUGAGAGCGAGGAUGGUGACGCAUUGUUUUGCGUAUGAGAAUCCGGAGCUGGAAGAGGAGGUCUGGGGCGUGGUGCAUUACGAUGCCGGUGAAGAUGUGGAGAAUCAAGAAGUGUUGAGGCCACAAAGCAGAGACUGGCCAGAGGUCAUUGAGGUGGAGUGUCGUGACCUCAACACGACCGCGCUGCAGCCUGUAGAGGUUGUCAGAGCGCCGGGUAAAGCCGACGAUUUUAUCUUUCUGAGAAGCUCCUUCCAGAUCGGUGACUGGCGGUUGAGCCGUGCAUUUCUGAACGAGAGCUCCUGGCGAGGAAACGCGACGAGGCCCGUCCUGCACUCGCUGCUCGACGCCGGGCCAGCCUCGCAGACAGCCCCAGCGGCCGGCUUCGACACGACCACCUUCGACUCGAAAACGCACAUGGUCUACACGACUCGCGGCGUGCGAACGAUUGACAUCCUACUCCAGAACCUCGACGACGGAAACCACCCCUUCCACCUCCACGGCUACAAAUUCUGGGUCCUCAAGCACGGAAAGGGAUAUGCACCGCAACCCGCCUCUUCCCCGUCCCUAUACGACAGCAUCGAUCUUUCCAAUCCCUUGAGGAGAGACACAGCGACCAUCGAGCCCUACGGGUGGAUGCUGAUCCGUUUCGUCGCCGACAAUCCGGGCGCGUGGGCGUUUCACUGCCACAUUGGGUGGCACAACGAGGCCGGGUUGGGCAUGGUGUUUGCCACGAGAGCCGACGAGAUGCUAGCCGUGCCGGCGGAAGUCAGCGAGCUGUGUGGGCUCGACGGGGUGGAGAAGGGCAUGGGUCCGGAGGACAGCUUUUGGUAUGGCAAGUUCGAGGACCGAGGUCAGUGACUGCAUAAUGUAGAGAAAUGUACAACGAGAUAGGAUGACGUGUUGUUCUUCGUCAAUGG